AGAUACAAAAUGUUAUUGGAAAAUUUGUUGUGGAAAACACCAGAUGAGCAUUCUGACUUCACUAAAUUGAAAGGUAUACGUCAUUUCCACAGUAUAUGGUAUAUAUAGCGUGCUGGUUUCACGAAAGCUUCACGAUUGCGUGCUAACUCAGAUGCACUUGUCUUUUGAAAGUGUGCUAGAAACGAAGCGUAAUAAUAAUAAUAUAGGCCACUUGAAAAAAUAACUUGGUUUAUGCGUCUUUUUUUCCAAACUGUUUUUAAUAGGGAGUUGGUGUCUUUUUAUUUUUUAGCCGCAUGUCUAUAAAAAUUAGCAUCAUACUGUGUAUCUAAUAUAUUGGUUUUCAAAUAUGUUUCUGUAAUAUAUAAUAAUAUAUUAUUUUCUAAUAUAUUACUAAUCGUGUUAGUAUAAUUUCAGUGUUGAAAAAGUUAAUUUAUCUAGUACUUAUAAAUUUAAUUUAUCUAGUAUACUUAAUAAUUCAUGAAGAAAAUUCAAAAGAAAUGAAUGUUUAAUCAAUGUUUGUAAAUCGCAUAAAGAUUUGUUCUGAUUUACAUAAACUAAAACUUCAGCUUUGAUUUUCUCGGCUUAGACAAUGUUUAUUUUUAAAAUUACUUCGCCAAUGAACUCAUAAGACGAGUCGUUUUAUAAGCACGAUAAAUUAUAAGCACGAUCGUUUUAUAAGCACGAUUCGCAUCCGAUCUUUAUCUGAUAUACAAACCUCGCCUUCGGCUCGAGUUUUUAUAUCAGAUAAAGAUCGGCUGCUCAUGUUUAUCUAGUGCAUACAACUAAUGUGUACACAUAUUUAUUUUAUGAAUAUAAUGUGCAUAAAUAAUUUACUUCUGUCUGAUUUUCAGCCAUGUUUUUUUUUGGCAAAGCAUUAUAGUUACUGCUCAGAGCAGUUUGAGCAGUAACUAUUGCCUUAGAGUUACUGCUGAUGGAGCCAAUCAGAAUGCUCAAAGGCCAUUUUUCAAUACUGAAAUUAUACCAAUACCUGAUAACACACACAACAUUAGUAAAUAUUAUUUAAAAUUAAUGUAAAAUGUUUAAAUUUAUAAAUAAAACAAAUCCAUUUAUAGUGCAACACAAAUCUUCUAAAACAGAUGGCGAGCAGCAUAUUGGCAGAUUGCAUUUAUUUUCCGCACAGGGGGGGGGGGAUUGAGGACAUCUUUUUACCAGCUGAAUUGUGAUCCCCUGGAAUUCAGUUUAUAUAACACCCUCCCCCUCCCUGGAAUUUCCUAGGAAUUCAUUGCUAAAUACUCCUGGAAAAUGACGUUAAUCGCAGACCAUCCCCUGGAUUUUGGUCUCUAAUCACCCCAACCCCUGGAUUUCUGCAGACGUUUUUACCCCUCCCCCUGCAUUUUCCAAGGCCUUUUUUACACCCUUCCCCUGGAUUUUCCAUUGUCCUCAACCCCCUGUGCGGAAAAUAAAUGCAAUCUGCCAUUAAUAAUUUGUGUCAGGAGCCUUUUCACGAGUCAAUGGUGGACACUUCGCGAAAUGUUGGGAGGGUGUUUUAGGUUACCACCCUAUAUGACCACCUUUUCUUGCUGAGAAUCUUGAUUCUUUAAACUUUUUUUCCUUACUGUCAUUCCAAUUGAAGUGUUCCUCAAAUAUUGAUUCAAUACAUUACCUCGGGCUGACCAAUUCAUUUGAUCAAGUUCCUCGAAAUAUUCAUACACUUCCUAGUAUAAUUGUAAACUUCCUGUUGAAUAAUUUGAAUGCACCAAUCACCUUUGUUGUUUGUGCAACUAACCAAUCAUAAAUAGAAAGGAAGUGACCAGAAAUGAUCAAAUACUUGGAAUUGGCUCUUUCACAGGAAGUAUAUGUAUUUCUCGAGGAACUUGAUGAAAUGAAUUGGUCAGCCUGAGGUAAUGUAUUGAAUCAAUAUUUGAGGAACACUUCAAUUGGAACGACAGUAAACCUCUCACGCGAUUGAAAUAAAUGUUGAAAGUUUUUUAUAGAUGGAAAUUUCAAGUGUACAUCAUAUACAUUUUUAGACCUAAUCAGGAGCAGCUGCGAGAAAUGCAACUAUAGGUCCUCUGGGUGGAAUCGAACCUGCAAUUCCGGUGCAGCGCUCUAACCAACUGAGUUAAGAGUCCAGUCGAGAAACAUUAAACACAGUUAUGCUAUAUAAUUUAUUUUAUUUUGUUUCUUUCAGAGGCUGUUGAUCAAAUAAGCAAGGUCGCUUUACAUAUCAAUGAGAAUAUUCGUCAACAUGAAAACUUUCAGAAAAUGUUGAAUAUUCAGAACAGUUUUAGUCGUGAAGGUGCACCAAAGUUACUUGCACCUGGUAAGUAUAUAUAAUGAGUGAUUUCAAAACUAGUUUCACUGUUAAGCCGUUGUGCUCAGAAAUUAAGUGGAUAUCGAUACUCUAAUUGUCAGUUCGGCAUGUCUGCACAACCCAGCGAGACUCGCCAUUCGAUAUUAACGAGGCUCUCUACCUAAUAUAUACAGUAUAAAGUAAUAAGCUAAUUCCCGAUCUUUGAAACCCUGGGAUUAUACUGUAGAUCCGUGCUACCAGAACCGAACAAAAUUAUAUUUGAUCGGAAACUUUUAAAUUUAGUUGAAACUUUUAAAUUUAGACUCCAGGUUCUCAUUCGGUAAAUGAAGUCAAUUGGCACUUAUUAAUAAAUAGUCCAGUGGUGCGUGUUCUUUGACUCAUAUUUUCAAUCUUUUUCCAAAGGUCGUAUUUUUAUCAAGGAAGGAACGUUGUUGAAGGUAGG